AUGGCUAUGUUGAUGAAAGAUGGACCUGAGAUGGAUUUGGGAAAGGGUUGGGCGUUACAAAGUAUGGACAGCAAGGGGAGCAAGAGGGAGCAGGUAGAAGGGGUGGUUAAGGAUCGCUUCUUUCUCCUCAACCCUACCUUCCUUCUUUCGAGGACAAGUGUCGUUCAUCUGAGGCAGCUGUUGUUGCGCUCAGACCUCGGUUUACAACACUGCUCACUCUUCGUCAAGCUUAGACUAAAAAUCGUAGCCUAG